AUAAUGUUAGAAGAGGAAUAGAAGAAGCAGGUCCACAUUUACAUCUCACCGCUAGUUCCCAAUCUACCUCGAGAAACGUUCUUUGAGAGCAGUGGUUACUGGUUAGUUGUUCUCAUCGCGCAGUAAUCUUUCUCUUGCUAUAUGUCAAAAAUUAAUCACUUUUUCUGUGUAAGAAAACCAUUUUGGUCGGUACUAUCACUUUCUUUUUCAUGUUUCGUUUUAUUUUCUAUGCUACUAAUACUAAUCAAUUGCAUUCCAAUAUCGCUUCAUUCAAACAUAUGUAGUCACAUAAUUUGAAGUUUGGAUUCAUAUUUUACUAAGUUUCUUCCCCAGCUAAAAUUUUCCUCUAUUUAAAAUCGAGUAACUUGGAAUAAACCAAUGUCUUAAAAUUUCAGUCUUUGUCUUUGAGUAUAUUAGAUUAUCAUGUAAAGGAAAUUUUAAUAAUUUGACGUUUGAUAAAAAAUUAAAUAAAAUUUGAUUAAGAUUGGUUCCAAUUGAAACUUGUAUUUAGGUUAUUAGUGGCAGACCUUCCUGUGAAUAUAUGAUGGCUUACUGACUAUAGACAUUCUAAUUUAUUUAUUUAUUAUUGAUAGAUAGAAACACACAUAUAAUAUUUAAAUAUAAUAGAUAUUAUUUGGUUCGUCCAAUCUAAUUUGCCGCUGAUCGAAACACAUCUCAUUAACAAUAAUUUUGAUUGAAGCAGUACAUAUUCUAACAACAAAAGUUAGUUAUUUAAAUUGUGAGUAUGAAGCAUUUUUAAUUUGUAUUUGAAUAUAUAAAUCUUAUCUCAUAUCUGAUCCUUUUGCGGCACUUUCCAUUGGUGACGAAGGCAACCUAGAAGCUAGUUUUAUUUUUCCCCGUUGUUAAUCUGACAAAUGUCAUGUGACUGUGGGGUCUACUUUUGCAUUUUAAAAACACAAAGUAGUAAAAUUUGAAGCCAAAGCAAAGAGUUUUCAGUCAAAAGGAAAUGCACAUACACAUAUAAACUUUGAAACCUGGUUCAUGCACCAGCAUUCAUCAACCAAUCUUUCUACCCCAUCUCAUUUGUGGUCCCUCUUUCAUUCUCAACCGUUGAUCUCAAAUUCUUCAACCUUUCACCUUUCAUCAAUCGUUCAAUAUAAAUCCUUCUUACACGUAACCCCACACAUCAUGGGCGGUUUUCAUCCAUCGGUCAUCAUAAUUCAUCAAAUUUCUAAAAUCAAUCAUUUAUGACCUUCAUACAUUUUCUUUACUACUUCAAUAUUGCUCACAAGUAUUAACAUGGUGUAGUAUAAACCUAAUAUAUUUGGAUAUACUUAAAUAUAUAUAUUUUAGAUUUUAACUAUGGAACUUAUGAAAAACAAAUUAUAUUCAUAUAUUUGUUUUAAAUUUAUUUUUGUAAAUUCCCUAUGAUAGUUUAUAAAAGACAACAUGUAGUUUAUAUAAAAAUAGUUGAUUUUUUUAUAAUUAAAAUCAGAUAUAUAAUAAAUAUUUGACUAAGUUGCUUAUGCAAACAAAGUCAAUGUAUACUCAAAGAUAUCUUAAACAAAUUUAAGGUAUUUUGUAGCAUUAAUAUCUCUUACACUUGUUUUAUAGAGGAUAAUUUAAUUUGAGUUGAAUAGAGAUAUAAUAUAGGUAUAAAUUAUAUAUAGUUGUAUAGUACUUUCAUAUAAAAAUCAAUAUUUUGGUCUAUCAGCUAAUCAAUGAUAUGAAAUGAGAAAAUACAAUGUGUAAAACAGUUUACACUAAAAGGUAAAAUAUGGUCCUUAAAUUGAUAAAAUUAAGCAAUAUAUAUAAAAUAUUAAUAUAUAUUAGUCACAAGUUGCUAUAAAAAGGCCUUCCACUUACAGAGAGAGAGCCUGCUAUAGAUAUUGUUGUUGGUCGGUUAUCAUAAUCAUCAUCUAUCUUUCUAUCCUCUGCACUCUUAUUCCACCAUUUUUAUUUAUUUUAUUUAUUUAUAUAUUCUUUCAAUCUCUUUAUCUUUCUGAUCACAAACCCUACUUUCACACCCUCCCAUACUCUCCACUGCACCUCCCAUUCUCACUACUCCAAUAUUCAUGGAUGUUGAAAUACUUAAAUCUUCAGUUGGUAGCAUGGACAUGAUAUCAAUGAUGAUGCAAAUGGAAAAGUUUCCUAAUUCACAAUUCAACACUGAACAACCUUUUUAUAACACUGUUCCAUUAUUUAACCAAAAUAUUGCAUUAUCAUCAUCUCCACCACCAUCUUUCAACAUUGAUCCUCUUCUUAUACAUUCCAAUCUCAAUUUCAACACUAUCCAACAACAACCACUAGAACAAACUUCAUUAUCAUUUCCUUAUUCUUCUGAUAAUAAUAAAAAUAGUAAUAACAAGAAGAAUUCAAUGGCUACAAUGAGGGAAAUGAUAUUUAGAAUGGCGGUUAUGCAACCGAUUCAUAUCGAUCCGGAAUCAAUCAGGCCACCGAAGAGAAGGAACGUGAAGAUAUCGAAGGAUCCGCAGAGCGUAGCGGCGAGACAUAGAAGAGAAAGGAUAAGUGAAAGGAUAAGGAUAUUGCAAAGAUUAGUACCUGGUGGAACAAAAAUGGACACUGCUUCUAUGUUGGAUGAAGCUAUACAUUAUGUGAAGUUUUUGAAGAAACAAGUACAAACGUUGGAACAAGUUGGGGCUAAUAGAUCAAACAUGAAUGGAGGGAGUAGUUUAAUGAAUAAUUUUAAUGUUAAUUAUUCUGGUUUUAUGAUGAAGGGUUGUCAACCUUUUCAAAUGGUGGGUUCUGCUUCUAAACAAUUGCUUAGCUAGCUACUUAAUUUAUAAGAUGUUUGAAAAUAAUAUAUAUGUGUAAGAAAUGAAAUUAAUUUGCUUAAUUAUUGUUUAUGUUGUAGUGUUAUAAUUGUGCACGGUUUGGUGGAACAUGUUAUAAUAUUAACUAAUGUUUCUCCAUGUUUGACAUUGUAAUUUUUGAUCAAUAUUGAUUACUUUCUUUUAUAUGUUCCC